GAGGCCUGCCUUGGGGGUGGAGAAGUCCAACCCCUCCAAGCGGCACCGGGACCGCCUCAACGCUGAGUUGGACCACCUGGCCAGCCUGCUGCCAUUCCCACCUGACAUCAUCUCCAAGCUGGACAAGCUUUCUGUCUUGCGCCUCAGUGUCAGUUACCUCCGGGUGAAGAGCUUCUUCCAAGCUGUGCAGGAGCAGGGCUCACGGCAGCCGGCGGCCGGCACCCCCUCACCUGGAGACAGCCGUCCUCCUGCAGGGUCUGCGGUGCUGGAGGGAAGGCUGCUGCUGGAGUCUCUCAAUGGCUUUGCUCUGGUCGUGAGUGCAGAAGGGAUGAUAUUUUACGCAUCAGCAACGAUCGUGGACUAUCUGGGCUUCCACCAGACGGACGUAAUGCACCAGAACAUUUACGACUACAUCCACGUGGACGACCGCCAGGACUUCCGCCGGCAGCUGCACUGGGCCAUGGACCCUCCCCAGGUGGUGUUUGGGCAGCCCCUGCCCUCAGAGACAGGAGAUGACGCCGUCCUGGGGAGGCUGCUCAGGGCCCAGGAGUGGGGUGCAGGUGUGCCCACCGAGUACUCGGCGUUCCUGACCCGCUGCUUCGUCUGCCGUGUGCGCUGCCUGCUAGACAGCACCUCAGGCUUCCUGACGAUGCAGUUUCAAGGGAAACUAAAAUUCCUGUUUGGACAGAAGAAGAAGGCGCCCUCGGGGGCGGUGCUCCCACCGCGGCUGUCGCUGUUCUGCGUUGCGGCCCCAGUUCUCCUCCCCUCCGCAACGGAGAUGAAAAUGAGGAGCGCACUUCUGAGGGCCAAGCCCAGGGCUGACUCUGCGGCGCCCACGGAUGCAAAAGUAAAAGCCACCACGAGUCUGUGCGAAUCGGAACUGCAUGGAAAACCCAAUUACUCAGCAGGAAGGAGCAGCAGAGAAAGCAGCAUUUUGGUGCUCAGGGAACAGACUGACACUGGCCGAUGGGCACAGGUUCCCACCAGAGCCCCAUGCCUGUGCCUCCGGGGCAGCCCUGACCUUGUCCUCGACCCCAAGGGGACCUCAAGGGACAGGGAGGAGGAGCAGCAGAGGGUGCUGAGCAGGGCCUCUGGAGCUACAGGGCGGAGGGAGAUGCCGGGACCAGCAAAGCCCCUGCCCUGGGCGGCAGGAAGGCGCAGUGAGGAUGGUGCCCGGCCGAAGCUGCAGCCCAGCCAGAGUGGCCUACUCUCCCUGCGCCCCACGUCCCACGGCUCCUGCCUGCCCUACCCGUGUGUCCAGGGCACUUUCAAUGCCAGUGGCUCGGGCACAUUCAGGAACUUGCCCAUCUCUCAGCCGCCGAGCCCAUCCCCCAGUGCCCACGCCAUCCGGACCAGCAGAGCCUCACGGGAUGUCAGUGAGGACCAGGUGCACCCUCCCCUCUGCCACUUUGCCCAGGGGAGCCUGCAGCACCCUCAGCCUGAAGCUCAGCGUUUGGCCUCGAGGGGCUAUCCCACAGAGGACAUGAAGCUUCGAGGCGUGCAGAUGCCUCCAGGGGGCCUGUGCCGCCCGACGCUGCUGCUAGAUGUGCCCAUCAAGAUGGAGAAGGACUCUGGGUCUGAAGGUGCUGCCCAUGGCUGCGUGCCCAGCCAGGUGUGGGGACUGGGGGCCGGGGACAGGAGCCGUCCGGUCACCUUCCCUACCAGGAUGCCCCUGAAGACAGAGCCAGACUCCCUGCACCAGGUCUAUACUGCACACCUCGGGCAUGGCGUCCUGGGGGCUCAGCCCCAGGGCAGGGCCACUGCAGGGCGCAGCAGGGAGCUGGCCCCUUUCCACCCUGCGCACUGCACGCGCCUGGAACCCACGCACAGCCUUCCCCAGCUGGAGCCUCCCCACCAGCUCUGCACGCGGGGCCGAGGCGAAUCAUCCUCUCUGCCGCACUGCGCCUGCAGAGCUGCUGAGGCCGCCCCUGUGGUCAAGCGCGAGCCGCUGGACUCACCCCAGUGGGCCACUUACAGCCAGGGAAGGGUGCCUGGGAUGUUUCCCAAAAGUGCCUUGGCGAUGCUGGUCCCACCCCAAGCCUCAGAGUGCACAUUCCUGCCAUAGCGCGGUGACCGCCGUCCAAGCUCAGAUGCGCCAGUGGCUGGGCUGCCCCCUGCACCUGGUCAGGCCAGACACCUUCCUAAGAAAUGCUCUGCAGAGCUGCACAUGCGCAGUCCCCUCGUCUGUGUGCAGCGUAUGCAGCAGCGUAUCCCAAAUUUUAUAAAAUAUUUCAGCCAUUCUUAAAUGCGAACUGGCCUUAAGUCUACUCAGGCAUGACAGCAUUUCUCUUUGAGGAAUUAAAAUCUUUAAUAAAGCGAUCACGGCUGGACAGCGUCAUGCCCGAGCGGCAGGGAGCACCGUCCCACUGCUGCCAAGUCCACAGUCAGGGAAGCUGUGGGGGGCACUUCUAGCUCGGCCCUUUCUGACCACCUGCAGCUUCCGGCCUGUGCUAUGCAGGCAGUGUCAGCCCAUCGCUGCAGUGCACUGCAGAGGCCAGCACCCGGCAAAUUAGAAAUACACCUCGCGGAGAAAGGGGCUGUGAGCCCACUCACGGAGGAAUCUAGAAUGCUCCAGGCAGCAGAGGCUGGCAGUGCUGGGUCCCACACUGCCCCACGUUGUGCGGCAGGUGCUCCGUGGCACCAGGACAGAGACUGAGGCCAGGUGUGGACUAGAAAUGGACAGGGUAACACCUGUGCCUUCUGGACAUCUCCCGUGUUCUUAGUGGGUCUCUGCGGAUGGUCUUACUAAUCUGCCUCUUGGUACAUCAUGUAAUACAGAGUUCAAGACCUGAGUCUGGAAGUACAAAGAAACACACAAUGUAGAGAAAAGACAUAGGUGACUGCGCUGUCUGUGGGGUUUUUCUCCCUGUCUGGCUGUCUCUAUAGUUCACUCAGAUGAGGGUUCCCACGGCCAUUCUUGGAGAAUAAUUACGGACAAGUAUUAAUAGCAUUAAAACAGCUGUAAAGGCAAUAUAUUCUGAGGAUAGGAAAUCUGGAUACAAAAGCAGUCAGAAAGUGAAGGUCACCGGUCCACCAGCCUGAGAUAAAUUACAGCUGAUGGUACAGUUCAGGCUGCUUCCACGCUGCACCCCGCUGGUGCAGGCAUCAUAUCAGGGUGUAGAAGUCACCACCAAGCAGGAGGAAGCCGUGGCACGAGGCCCCUCUCCUCAGGGACGUCAGCUCCACUGGGAGAGCCCUCGGGGUAAGGGACCCACCAGCCCAUCGCACUGUGCAUUCUGCCUCCUGCGUGGACUCCCCCCCUUGUUGGUGGCUUUGGAGUGUCAGUGUUUAGCCCCUGGUUUAAUGGUGAAGCCAUUUGUUAAAUGCACCUUCACUUUGUCAAAACCCAGGUUUGGUUGGUGGGACUAGGUUUUCUGCCCAUUGCCAGUUACCUGCACCCCUCAGCAGCCUGGUUCUGGGAGAGUUUCCCCCACGUGGCAGGGAUAGGGAUAAGACUCUCUUCCCAGAACUGAAAGAGGAAGGCCAACCACUGGAGCCCAGAGUCACAGAUCCAACGUGGCCUCCUGUGACUCCCAAGCCCUGCCAAGGGGCCACUCUGCUUAGCCACAGGGUGCCUUUCGAAAGGUGACCUUGGUGCUGUGCUGUUGUGGGCAUGAGAUGUGCUCAUGGCAUUCCACUUCCAUCUCCCCCUUACAUGAUGCCUAGACUCACAAUGGGGACAGAGCUACCCAGGGGCCAGCCAUAGGGUGACCAGCCACCUGAGGGCCAGUCACCUGUGAGGACCAGGCACCCAUGAGGACCCCAUGUGAGGACCAGCCCCUACUUCCCACCUUGGCCCCUCACUGCACAGAGCCCUCUUUAUUCAUUUCUCAUACUGAGCAUGGCACACCUCUGGUCUCUGGGCAUUUAUGGCUUUAAGACCAGGAUGGUAUUUCAGAAGCUUCCCACUUCCUUCCUAUUCUAACCAAGUGCCCAAUUCUUUUCCUGAUCAUGAAAAGACCCUUAAUAAUUAGACCCGCAGGCCAGGCGCAAUGCCUCAUGCCUAUAAUCCCAGCACUUUGAGAGGCUGAGGUGGGAGGAUCACUUAAGCUCAGGAGUUCAGGACCAGCCUGGGCAACAUAGCAAUAACUUGUCUCACAAAAAAUAAUUAAAAAUCAGAUGUGCCGUAUCCCUGAAAACGUAUCGAUCAACACGCAUGUUCCACUCCUGGGUUCCCUGUCCUGAGGGCUGGAGCUCAACCCUCAGCAGCUCCCUUCAGCCCGGGUGCUGCCUGGGUCCCGAGUGGCAGCUGCCCUUCCAAGUCUCAGGGCUGAGGUGGGCAGGGAGCUCAGUGACUGACAGUCUUCCAUGUGUAUCACAGGGCUCGAGUGUCCUGGAACCAAUGGCUGUCACUGGGCGAAACACCAGGCCCCAAAGAUGGAAUCAGACGUGGCUUUGCAUUUGCCGACUGUAGCCAGGGCCCUCAGUGCUGUCAGAGCAGCACAGACGGCAGCCCCUGCCCAGGAGGCUCCUUCACCACGUCCUGCCUUGCACCUCCCAGACCUUCAGACACACCCCCAUCCAAGGCCCUCCCGGUGACAGAUUGCAUAGCCGUGGCUGCUGUGCAGCCCAUGCUGUGUUGACGCUGCGCUCUGCACACAGGUGUCAGCUCUGUAGGUUUUGUGGUGUGGGGACCCCACAGGAGGCUGUGGCUCUGAGUGCCUGGGGCCAGCAGGGUGUCCAACGUCCCUUCCUCAGUGGCAACAAAAACUCCCUGUCAGCACUUUUGUUAUUUUAUAGCCACAUCCCUCUUGGAAAACUGGGGAAGAUAAUAGAACAUAGAAGGUGCGGAUGUGGUCAUUUCUCUUGUUGGCACUAAUUACAGGUUCAUGUUUUUCUGUUUAUGUAGCUUUUGCCUACUGCUGAAAAAGUUUUAAAGUCAAGUGUAAUGUGGGAAUGGGAUGGAAGGGAGGUGACAAAUACAGCUUAUAUUUUAUAUUGUCGCAGUUUCUACUGGAAGAAAAAAGUUUUCAAUACCUAGACUAACUUGUUGAAUUUUUAAAACUUUUGCACUAUAAAUGCAGCUUUCUCUACUGCUUUCUCAGUGCCUUUAGAAAGCUUUCAAAUACUUUUUGUACUGUGGUUUGUAUUAAAUAUCAAUAUUGAUAUAAAAUAUAUGACAUGCUAGUACAUGUUUAACAUA